UUACUCCUGAAAUCCAAGAUGGCCACCUUGAAUGUCUCGAUCCUAUAGCAAUUGAGGAUGCAAGUAGCUACCGAAAAAACAACUUUUCCCCGACCAUCUCAUCCCCUGAAAUUCAAUUCGAAUUGUGCGGAUGACCCCCUUACAUCUUAUUAGCCACUAAAUAGCCGUUGCAUUUUCGCGCAAACCCCUUCAAUUUGCCAAUUUGAAGUAGUUUCGCGAAGUAGCUCGCGCUGUCGCUGUCUGUCCGAAGCGAGGUUCAGACAGGCAGCACAUCCAAAUGGCCGAACCGAGAAAAGUACAAUUUGUCACCCUCUCGGCCUUCGCUGCUGGAUCAGCCACGGAGACUAGGAAACGCCGGUUGGAGGAUGACGAGGCCGACAUCGACUUGGAUGCGGAUGCUGAGGGCGACACGAAAGCGUCCGGGGCAGAUGGUAGCGGUGGGCUUUUCGGCAAAACUAGUAGUGACAAGGACAACGCUGAAGGAAAACGGAUUACCGUGCGAUUGAACCUAUCUCUGUCCGAGCCCAGCGAUCAAUCGUCGGCCGAGUUUAACUACAGCGAACUCAUCCAAAACAUCCAGGCAAAAAAGAUCACUCCUCCUCCAGCCCCAACUCAGACCCCAACUCUUUUUAUCCUGCCUCCUGCCCUUGACCCUAGCGACCAUUUCAACGAUGACGAGAAAGAACGACUGCAGGUGGAGGCCCUGGCCAAGAAGUUUGAGAACAAAUAUGGCAAUGCAAAUGCAGCAGGAAAGAAGAAGAGGAAGGAUAGAAUGCAGGAUCUGAUUGACAUAGGCUUCGGCUACGACGAGACCGACCCUUUUAUUGACAACUCAGAGGCUUAUGACGAGCUGGUCCCGGCCUCCCUGACUACCAAGCUGGGAGGGUUCUACAUCAACACGGGCACGUUGCAGUUCAGAGCUGCUUCCGAGUCAGAGGGAGAGGAUGGGGGCAAGGAUGUCAAACCCAGAGUAAGGGAGCUGAAGGAUGGCGAGGAGCAAGUGAUCAAGAGACGAAGGAGGAAAGAAGGAAACAAUUUGGAGGAGAAGAAACCCCGGAAGAACAGAGUGCCCAAACCAGGAGUGUCGUCUCUGAUGAACAUCCACCGGCCAGAGAAGAAGAAGAGGAAGAAGCUGAUGAAGGACUCCUUGUGCUUGGCAGCCAUGUUGCGCCGCUUCACCCGGGAGAAGCAGGAGAUGAGGAAGAUGAACCCCAACGCGCCCCACCCCGGCAUGGGUAGCUCCGUGGCCAACGCCCCGCGAGCCAACCACCUGCUGGCUAACUCCCACCUGCACGCUAACGCGGCUAACAACGACGUCUCAUUGGCCGAGCUCACCGCGGACCCCGCCAUGAUGUCACUGCUGGGCUCGGCAAAUGAGAAGGAGCUCCAGGAUCUUCUGGGUGACCUGGACUUCAGCCUUCUGGACAGCUCGGCUAAUCCGCACGUGGCCACGCCCGGGAGAGAGAAUGGCCUGAUGGGAAUUGGAGUUUCAGGGCCGAAGCCGAGUGGGGGCGGGUUAGGGAGGGGGCUGGGGGUUUCAGGGGGUCUCCUACACCCACCUCCGCUCCCUGACGGCCUGCCCGCCCCCCUCAUCAAGCGCAUCGAGGACCUACGGGCGGCCUCUCGUCAGUUUGAUCAAGAGGGAAGGAAGAAAUUCUUCACCCUAGAUAUGAAUAACAUCCUACUGGAUAUUGAGCUGCAGGUGCAGGAGCAGCCGAUGGGGCUACGUGGGGAGGUGUAUUCUCACCUGGAGGCCUUUGUGCCCUGCAAUAAGGAGGCCCUGCUCAAACGCCUCAAGAAGCUUAGCCUCAACAUCCAGGACGACCGUCUACGAACGCCCCUGAUGAAGCUGAAGCUGGCUGUGUGCAGUGUGAUGCCCGAGCAGAUCCAACGAUACAACAUGGACUGCAUGGUCAAGGCUGCCAACAGGCAGCAGCCUGGAGAGGGAGAGAAGAACGGAUCAGAGGAGGAGGACGAGGGGAAGCCAGGGAAGAGGAUGAUGGGCCCACGGAAGAAGUUUGUCUGGGACGACAAGCUCAGGUCGCUGCUGUGUAACCUGGUGCGUGUGAAGUUGAGCUGCUAUGAACGGGAGUCGUCUCAGUGCUCUCUCUCCGUGGAGGAUUACCUCAAGGCCUUCAUGGAGAACGAGGUCAAACCACUGUGGCCCAAGGGCUGGAUGCAGGCCAGGAUGCUGUUCAAGGAGAGCCGUGUUGUACACAGUCACCUCACUGUCAACAUGGUCAAGAAAAGGAUGGUCCCCACCCCCAGGGCUAAAGCAAAGGAGGGCCAAUGGAUCCAGCAGAGGCCCAAUCUCCCCACCGCCACCACCCCUUCUCUCCCCCACGUCCCCUCCACCCCCUCCGUCAUCCAGGCCCGAGGGACCUCCUCGUCCCCCUCGGAGCCCAUCUGCCUGUCCGACUCACUGGACGAGGACCUCCGCGCCCCCUCCCUGGAUUCCGUCUCCCACGCCCUCGCCUUCCUCAGCCAAGCCGCCAAGGGCCUGGGUCCCCACGGCAGCGUCACUGACCUCACCCUCACCUCCCCCCUCUCCCCCCCGCCUCUCCAGAUCCCCAACUCCUCCCCCCCCUCCAUCACCCCUCACUACUCCCCCUCGUCUUCCCUACUCACCUCACAUUCUCUUUCCAAGAUAAACGCCAACUCGUCGACGACGGUGACGAUGCCAUCGAUGGCCAACAUUAAGACCACGCUAUCUACCUCUCCCUCCACUUCCACGGCGUCGUCAGCUCGCAUGCAGCUCGCGGGGGCCACGUUGGUGUCUCGUGGCGCCGACGGCGUGUACGGCGUGAUGAAAGGGGCAGGCUCUAUGGGACAGACUCAGAGACAUAAUGUCAGCAUGGCGACCGCCACUCACAGGCAAGGGGGCAUGACCGGAGGGAGUAAGCUCCACCCACCGUCGUCCCCCUCCCCGCCCACCAAGCAGCGGCCCCCUCCCACAGCCUCUCCACUCCUGCCCCCCCAUCAGAAGGUCUCCCUGGGCAUGGGGGUGGCAAUACCAGGACCGGGGAAGAGCAGUGUCAAAUCCAACAGCAGCAGUAAUGGCGGUGCCAUGAUGAGCAACAUGCCCUCCUCCUCCCCUCAGUCCCGUGCCACCAACUCCCACUCACACCCCCAGCAGCUCAACUCCAAGAGCCCCCAGCAGCUCAACUCCAAGAGCCCCCAGCAACCCUCCUACCUCACCUCCACGGUGGGCUCCUCACCCUCCCAGUCCCCCUCCCACCACCAGAGCAAAUCCAAGCCCCACCACCAGUCCAACUUCAUCACCCCCAUGCAGGCAACCCUCACCAAGUCCUCCCACAGCAACAACUCCUCCCCCAUCAUCAAGCUCACCCCUCGCCCCCCUGCCCCCACCCCUCCUCCCAUCUCCUCCCCUUCCUCCUCCUCUUCCAACCUCCUCUCUCACUCUCAAAUGAUCUCCAGCCCUCUCCAGUACCAGUCCCCCAAGACUGCCGGCUUCCGCCCCCCAUUUAGUGUCCAAGGUGGGGGUCAGGUGAAGUCGGGCCAGGGCAGUUAUAGCUUCGCGGGGAGCCAGAAGGGUCCGUCUGUCAUUAACAGUAAUAGCGUUAGCAGCGCUAGCUCCAACAGCAGCCCCAUGCGCAUGUCGCCCGUCACCAGUCGCCCGGACAACAGCCCCUCCCCCUCCGGGACGGUCUCGUCCAGUCACGGACAGAGACAGAGGGCCGUGGGCGGAUCCAAGGCUGUAGGCAGUCGGGUGCCCACGGCAACCAUGGCCACACCCUCUGUCACCUCACACCUGACGCAGGUGUCAGCUGGCAGCCCCCUCCUGGGUGGGACACUUGGCUUUGGGAUGUUAGGGGGGCUGGUGCCCGUCUCGCUGCCCUUCCCGUUCCCCUCGCUGCUCAACUUCACUCCUCCUGGAGCACCGGGGGUCAGCGGCCUGGGCACGGGCGCCAACUCAGGAUACAGCCUCUCACAGAGUGACUUAAUGGAUCUGUAUAAGAGUCUCCAGUCAGGGUCACAGGCUGCUCUACCUCCUCACUUGCAGCUUGCUUUCUCAGAUGCGAACCAAAGCCAGGGUGGCGACAUGAAGAGGAAGUCCCACUGACCAAUAGAGAUGGAGGACAGAGAGUGACAUCGAGACAUCCACUAGGAUCACUUUGAUUGGACAGAUGGACACAAUGAUGUAAUAAUACAGGGAGGAGCCUUCUUCCCUCAAUAUGGACCUGAAGAAUUAAUUCCCCUUCACCAUGACAAUUUAUUAAUUUAAUUUAACUGUAUUUUUAGGAUUACUGGGUAUAAAAUGGACCUGUGGUGAAUGAUAAUGAAACUUUUUUCCUUAUUUUUUUCUUGUCAACAUGUUUACAUGACCGACCUUUAUCACUGUGGAAUGAGGACAGGGUCGUAUUCAUUAGGCUCCAAACGUAGAAAAAAAAAUACAGAAACAAGGACGGACUGCCUGAACACUCGUUUUCGUUUAAAAAGCGUUUUGCUAUGUUCUGUCCCAACAGAGCGCACAUACUGCAACGAAUGUCGAUCUAUCUGCCGGUCAUUCGGUGCGGUCUGUUUUACGGACAACCCUGCCAGUGAGGGUCUGAUUGCUGACAUUUUCGCUCGAUUCUACAUGUAGAAUCAGUUUGCAAAUUACAGCUGGCACUCUGUUCAGGGGCGCUAAGUAGUCUCUGCCUGCAAACGCUACCAGUGUGUCCGUUCCUUAAUGAAAACCACCCAGGAGAGGGAGCACCCAGGAGAGGGAGCACCCAGGAGAGGGAGCACCCAGGAGAGGGAGCACCCAGGAGAGGGAGCACCCAGGAGAGGGAGCACCCAGGAGAGGGAGCACGCUGUUAGCGAAGUCAUUUAAUUAGAAUUUAAGUCUGUUUAUAUUUUUUCUCGUCUAAAGCAGAUUUGAGUAUAAAUCAUUUUUUGGUCGUUGUCUUGACUGUCUGAGAAAGGUAGUUGUUAACUUGUCUCCGAUGUGAGAUGGUGUGGCCAUUGAGUUGUACUGUUUUAAAGUCGCCUCUGCUCCCCACAACUGACUGUUAAGGUAGUAUAGCUAAUAUAAAUAUUGAUAAAUUAUUUGUAAUUUACACAGGGAUAAAAAAAAAAAAUAUUUUGAGGUAUGUGUGUGCCGGUGAGAUUGAAUGUGUGUGUACACAACCUACAUAUAUAUUGUAUUUUCUUUCCAGGUCAGUCUGUGCUGUGUGAAUGUGCGAAUUGCAUAUCCCCUUUUCUCUGUUGUGUGUUUGAGUGAGUAUUCCCCUCUCUUGCUCAGCGUGUCUUUGGUGCUGUAUAAUCACACUGGACCUUUUCUGGAGAAAAAAACUUGAACUGUAAAAGCUAGACUCCUCUUGGAGCGUGAGAGAGGGGACAAAGAUGCGAGAUUGUAGCCUACUUGAACCUUUUAAAAAAAAAAUUGUAAUUAAUUUACUUUGUAAAAAAAAAACGCUUAUCAACUCAAACACACUCAAAACUCAAUAUGACAAAACGCCUUAGUUUGUAAGUUUCAUUAAAGAACUAUGCAGGACUAUAAAUGCUUCAAUGCAAAAGUGCAAGUCGUCGCUUGGCUUUCAACCUCUUACUCAGCUGUCAAUGUAUUUCUGGGAGUUGGGAAUGUGUGUACGUACGUCUGAGUCCUUUUUCCCAUCUAAAGAACUCUCCCUUCUCACCUACUGAAUACCUCUCUAGAAACUGUUCUUCCUUACUCUCUUCCUAUAUCUGGGAAGAUCUCAAUAGCAUUACUCCUCACUUCCUCUCUCCUAGUCUUCUUCUCAAAACCCAUUGGGGGAGAAGGUCAGAGGGGAGGGACCUCUGGCUUUCUUGCCUCUGUCCAUCUCUUAUCAUCCUUCGUCCCUCCUUCCAAUGUCAGUAUGAAUGUCGACCAACUGCACCAAGAAUGGCGCCAAAGAUGAGUUUCCUAGCAUAUAGAUGGGGUGCCUUGGUCAGUGUGUGUGUGUGUGUGUGUGUGUUCCUAUCAUUCUCUUUGAAAUGUACCCAUGAGUGUUGUCGGUCUGUGGUCUGUCAGGAUGUCAUGUUGAAAAGUUGUUUCUUUCUGUGACUGGAGCAGGAGGUGAAAUUUUAAAGCUUUUGUGCUUUUGGGGCGGGUAAAGAUUACAUUUCAUGGUAACUGGUUACUUAAUUCGGUCUCUUUUGUAGAUUAUUUUUGUGUGUUGAUUUAUGGAAUAAAAUACAGUUGGUUUUCAA